GUGCCUUGUGGAGCAUGCGCAGACCGAGCAAUGAGCAGCGUACUCGUCGUUGUUAUGGUAACGCCGUGUUAAACUCAAGCAGAAAUGAGACUGAAACGACUCCACAUUCGUUACUAUCCUCCAGGUAUAAUACUGGACUAUGAACAAGGAGGACAGGAGAGAAGCAGAUACAUCGACCUGCUGCACUUAACACCAAACACGGAUGUGAAUGAGAUGAUAUCAGAAAUCAGAAGAAUCGAGCCAUUAAUCACUGAUUCACGUACCGAUCAGGUGAAAGUGCUCAUUAAACGAUUACAGGACAAACUCAGCCAACCAGAUGAACGCAGCUUUUACCUGUUCAAGGUGCUUCAGGCUCACAUCCUGCCUCUUACCAAUGUCGCCUUCAAUAAAUCAGGGUCGAGUUUCAUAACCGGGAGCUAUGACAGAACAUGUAAAAUAUGGGACACUGUGUCUGGCGAGGAGCUGCACACACUGGAGGGGCAUAGAAAUGUUGUUUAUGCCAUCGCAUUUAAUAAUCCCUAUGGAGAUAAAAUAGCUACAGGCUCCUUUGAUAAGACCUGCAAAUUAUGGAGCGCCGAGACUGGAAAGUGUUUCUACACAUUUAGAGGACACACAGCGGAAAUUGUCUGUGUAACAUUCAACCCCCAAAGUACCCUGGUUGCCACAGGCAGCAUGGACACUACAGCGAAAUUAUGGGAUGUGGAGAGUGGCAAAGAGGUUUCCACCCUAGCAGGCCACUCUGCUGAGAUAAUCUCUCUCUCGUUCAACACAGUUGGCAAUCGUUUAGUGACUGGGUCAUUCGAUCACACACUUACACUGUGGGAUGUACCAUCAGGGAGGCGAAUACACACUCUGAUAGGGCACAGGGGGGAAAUCAGUAGUGUGCACUUCAACUGGGACUGUUCCCUCAUUGUCUCUGCCUCUAUGGACAAAAGCUGCAAGGUGUGGGAUGCUGAGAGUGGUAAAUGUUUGGCGACUUUAAUUGGCCAUGAUGACGAGGUGCUGGACGUUUGCUUUAAUUAUACUGGUCAACUCAUUGCAACUGCGUCAGCUGAUGGUACAUCCAGGAUAUUUAAUGCAGAAACGUUCCAAUGUGUCUGUAAACUUGAGGGUCAUGAAGGAGAGAUAUCUAAGGUGUGCUUUAACCCACAGGGGACACGUGUAUUAACAGCAAGUGCAGACAGAACAGCACGUGUGUGGUCUGUGAACUCUGGCACAUGUCUGCAGGUUUUAGAGGGACACACAGAUGAGAUCUUCUCCUGCGCCUUUAACUAUGAAGGAGACACUAUUAUUACAGGUAGUAAAGAUAAUACCUGUCGGAUCUGGCGUUGAGACUUAUACACAAAGAGGGCAAACUUCAGUAUUAACAAACACAUUUGAACAUGUUGUUCUCUUCAGCCUUCUAACUUAUAGCAUAUAACGGUUGUGCUGAGAAUCUGCUCACACUUACAUACGCACACACUAGCUGUGUAUGAAAUCCUUUUGUGAAAUAUUUUUGUAUCUCCUGUUCACACAGCAUUUGCUUCACUUUUUGAUUUUUUUUCCAAUUGUGAAAACACUAACACACCCGAGCAUCCGGUGCUUAGCAACAAUCAAUAGUAAAACAGGUGUAGGAGUAAUUACUAGAUUUAAGUGAAAUGAUCAUAGAAAAUGUUCUAUUUCUCAUCCUUUAUUUAGACUUAUAGUACACUUUUAGACUCCUGAUUGGAAGCAAGCAGGAAAUAAGCUGAAUCAGUCUAUCAGGUUUAAAAGUACCUUUGGUGUGUCUAAAACUGAGCUGCCUUGAUGCCUUGCUGCUUGUGCUGUUGCAGAAUAUAUCGACACAAAGUCCAUUACACAAGAGGAAAUAACAUAUCAGUGUGGAAAAUGAUACUUUAAGAAAAAAACAAAAAAGAGUGAGUAUGCUGUAAUUAUCAGGCAUUUCUUACUUAAAAUGUAAUCUUAUUAAAUAUAGCAAAAAUGUUAUGUAACAAUAAAACAAUGUUCAUGUGUUUUCUGCCACAGUUGUUUAUAGCCUGGCUGCUGUAUUAUAAGAUAUGUAGGACAUUGAAAUUUAGAUUUUCUCACCAGCUGCCUCUGCUUAAUUAUUACUUUCAGAAACAUAACUUAGUGAUCACACCUAACAGCAAAAUGUGGAAGAAUGUUAUUUUAGUGACUUUAACCAUGCAAUGGUUGUUGGUGAUGGAUUAACUGGGUUGAGUAUUUCAGAAAGGUCUGAUCUCCUGGGAUUUGCACGCACAACUGUUUCUAGAGUUGGUGUGAGAAACCGUGAGCAUCAGUUUUGUAGUUUGAAGCCUUUUGACCAGACUGGUUAGAGCUGGUGGGAAGGCUAGUGUAACUCAGCUGUAAGGCUCAAUAACUACUCUUUACAACAGAUUGAAAAAGACUAGAAAGAAAACAAGAAGUGGUGCAAUAUAUAUCAAUGCUACUAUUGCUCUACUAUUGCAUAAUUCAAUGAGAUUACAUUUUUCAACAUUUUGAACCUUGCAACCUGUAUCUACAUGAUUUUAUGCACAACACCUUAAGAUACCUGCAUAAAUUAAGAGUGAUAUGGAUGUUCCUAUCAAAGGGGCUGGUGAGUGUAUAUACACUGCCUCCUGAAUACAGCCUUACAAGGCAGCGGUUUUAUGUUUUAGACACACCCUUAGCCUUAGAAAGUGAUGAUGAUGUCUACAUAUAAUGCUUUACCACCAUAUUGUUUCAUUGUUUAGAUUAUUUGGUGUACAUGCCUGUAUGUUCUGCUUCCGGAUCUGUUGGCUUUGAUUCAUCAAGGUACAGUACUGACAAAUUUCACUAAAGAGUUCUUGUUUAAGCAAAGCAUAUACUAAAUACUAAAGCAAUCAGCAUCAGCAAGUUAUGCAUAGUAAUAGGAAUGAUGAAAUGCUCAGCAAUAUUUUUACUGUGGAUGCAAAUAUUGUCCUAGUAUGUGUUACUAAACACAUUACAGUACUUACUUUAACUACUGGGCACUACUCCAGAGGUAGCUGUAGUGAAUAAUGUGGGCAAAAUGGGUACAAAGAAUUCAACGUGUUGUAAUUUCAAUGUGUGUAUUAAAAAAAAUUUUUCAAAUAAAGGACAAUUACUGAAAUA